CAAUUAUUUACUCUUCAUUCGUAAACAAUUCUCAGGACGCCAAUCCAGCUCGUCUGCACGUAACCAAUCCAUAAUCACGCUGACGAAAGCGAGCCGUCAAACCAGCAAACAGGGGAAGACGAACCAGUCGUUUGGCGUCCUUCUUCCCUAUCGGAACGUGCGAUCUAAGGCGAAGGAAAUAGUUCACCAACACAAGCUGGCCAGCGCCCACGUUGAACUGCAGUAAAAGUCGUUGACGGGAACAAUCAGUGAACUUUUUUAUAAAGCAUAUUUUCUGUGUAAUCCAAUUCGAUACCGCCAUGAAACGACUGUUUGGAUGGCGGUUAUUUGAAUCUAUGGCUUUCAUUGCUCGUCGCCAAUCAUUCGUCUAUCCGGCUUUUAUACAACAACGUUUUUACCAUCUCGUGGAAGCCGACCUAGAUGAAACGUUUAUACGCGGACACGGCCCCGGUGGCCAGAAAAUUAAUAAAACGAGUAUAGUGUGUCAAUUGCGACACAAACCAAGCGGACUCAUUGUUCGGUGUCAGGAAACCCGUUCUCGAGAACAAAACCGAAAAAUUGCACGAAAAAGACUCGCAGAAAAGUUGGAUUUAUUGGCAAACGGAGAAAAAAGUCGUUUGGCUCAAGACCGUCAACGAAUACUUAGACGGAAACGUCAACAUGCCAAACGUUCUCGGGAAAAGUAUUCAUUGACAACGGAUGAGGACGAUGGAAACAAGAUACCAACAGAAUAAGCAGAAAAUGAACUUAGACUUGGCAGAGAAUUUGAACAUCAAUGUGUUCUUUUUUUUUCAGUAAAACUCUCCGCUUUUUUACCUGAGAGCUGUGUUCUAGCCUCAAGCUUUUUAGGAUCCUCGAAUACGUCGAGCAAGUUGCAUGUCUCGUUGCAUAAUUGUUACGCGUUUUGCAUGAAUGGCACACAGAUUCGUGUCCUCAAAGAGAUGCACGAGGAAAGCCUCUGCAGCUUCCUGGAGGCACUGAAUUGCAGUUGACUGCCAACGCAAGCCGAUGUCGGUUGCAAAGUUUGCGACAAAUUCAGAUGAGAUUUCACGGACAAGUCUGGCGAAUGGAAGCCGUUGGAUUAACAGGUCCGUCGUUUUUUGGUAUUUUCUGAUUUCUCGAAGAGCAAUCGUCCCUGGACGAUACCGUUUUUUUCGCGGAUAUGGAAUUGGGUCACCUGGCUCCGCAACAAAAGAGCGUUUAGCCAUUUUUGGCCUGGUAGAAUGCAAUUUACCAAUUGUUUUGGCAGAAUUCCUACAAAUUCUACGGGUAUCUUGCUGAAUUGGCUGGGCUAGGUGUUCGGGAAACGAUGAGUUCGCUGCACGCGUCAGUCAGUGAUGCAGCACGCACAGGGUACGGGUUAACCUUAAUUUGAGACCGACUGUACACCAUUGUAAGCAAGAAAACAUACUUAAAUACUUAUCGGCGCUGUGAUUUUGUGAGUAGUUUCAAUGGACAGGACUCUUCUCUACGUUUCAUUUAAUGUGUAGAUCAUGUAAAUUU